GAGAGAGACAACGAGACACAGAGGGGGGAGGGGCGUGAGAGAAGGAGCACACAAGCAGAGAUGCAUAGCAGCAUCAAUAAUACCUGAAGUAUUGAACUGUAGAUAAUGAUAAUGACAGUGACUUUAAAAGAUUCAGAGGAGAUGUUCAGUGUGAUUGGUUGAUUUUUAACUCAUUCUGAGGACACCAAUACUAAGUUUAACUUUUGUUUUUCUUUAAAUCUCCUGAUUCAGAUGUUUAUUCAUCAUUGUGCUGCUCAGUGUUUAUAUCACCUGUGAAAUUAGUUUGUUUCAUUUGCACUGACCUGAGAACAGUAAGUUUCCUCUCAGUUGACAGUUCAGAUUCAAAGCUUCAACACUGACUUUAGACGACACUUUGGAAAAUGAAGCAGAUUAAAGAAGCUGAUGGUGAUGGAGGCUGACUGCAGGCCUUGGCUGCAGUGACGCUAACAAACCACCAGAUGUCGCUGUGCGCAAACAAAGAAACUCACCGAUGACCCGCUGAAUGAACGUGUUUGACUGACUCGACGUGUUGCUUCAAUCACUGAAAAGUUUCCUAAAACAGUUUUGUGUUUCAAUCGACAGUAACACUACAGUUUUGACAAACAACAAACCGAAUAAAUAUAAAAAACUCAGUUCACUUAAAAGUUAAUACAACUUUAUUUACACGAUGAGUAAAUGGCAACAGGCACCGGCGCCUCCCAGUCGGACACGCGCACAUCCCGACUCUAUAAGUCCACACCGAGACCGAGACAGACAUGAAUGAGUCGAGACAGGCAGAGCAGACCCGGACAUGAUGAUGAUGAUGAUGAAGGUGUUUAUUGGCUGCUGUGAAGAGACACGCGCGCUGUUCACUGAGAAAGAGGAGGAUGAAGAAAGAUGUAGAGUUUGUUUCUGUUCAGAGAAGAAGAAUUGGAGGAAACUGAGUGAAAAUUAGAAGAAGAAACUUCCCCCUGCACUUGGGAUCUCUGACCCACUAAAAGAAGAAAACUAUCAGAAGAAGUCGGAGGAGUUCCUGUCCAAACUUUUUUUCUCAGCUGCCUCUGUGCUAACGCGCAUGCGCUGUUUUUUUUCCUGGUUGUGUAUAAUCGAUCGAUUUCGUCACCGCGCCCGGAGGUGCCGUCACGGCCGCGUUACCAGAACUGACGUGGGCGCGCCUCGUGAACGAUGAGUGGUGGUAAGAAGAGGAGUGGCUUCCAGAUCACCAGUGUGACCUCAGACUUCAAUCAAACUCCAACUGGCCAAUCAGCUCCCACUGUGGUCCUGUCCGUCCUCCAAUCAGCAGCCUCCUCCUGGGCAAGGGGAAGCUCCUCCCAGCCAAACACGCCCUCUCUGAAGAGGAAGUACCUCUCCCAUGAUGCCUCGAGGCAGGUUACCGGGUGUUCCUCCAGGUUCAGGGUGGUGAGGCUGGCGGCAGGCGGAGCUGGCAGUGGUGGGCGGGGUGAGCCAUAUCGCCGUGGACGAUGGAUGUGCAUGGACUUUAUGGAACGACAGGAAGGGGUGGCAUUCAGGCGGGUAAUGGACACAAUGAGACACGCUCACUCCCUGGAGUCACUGGAGAUGAUUGGCCGGGACACAGACAGAGGCGGAGUCCACUCCCAGGACACCCACCUGCUGGCUCAGCCAAUCAGAGGCAGGGAAGGGGUGGACCUUGUACUGCGCAGCGGGCCACCAUCUCCGACACACCAAGAGUCAAUCAACAUCUGCCUCCUGGGUAGGAAGGAGCCAAUGGGAAUGCAGGAUUUUGACUCCAUCCUUCCUCCUCCUUCACCCCGUCCACGAAUCGUUCCUUCUCCUCUACGAUUGGAUGUGGACGCAAGAGGACGGGUACAAAUAUGUGUUGCUACUGGAGGAACAUCUCUAACAUGUUUUCAUACCCACUCACCUGUCUCUCUCUGUCAGUCUGUCCUCAGGCUGUCUCACUCCCAGCCAAGCUCUCCCCCUGCUGGAUCGCACCAUCCCACUCUGUCCCCCGUUCAGACUCCAGCAGGCUUCAGUCUGGACCAAACCAUCUUCAGCCUGCCAGGAUAUGCCAGUAAUUCCAGUCUGAUUGCCAUUGACAACAAAAUAGAGCAGGCCAUGGACCUGGUAAAGAGUCACUUGAUGUUGGCGGUCAGAGAGGAGGUGGAGCUUCUGAGAGAGCAAAUCAGAGAGCUGCAAGAGAAGAACCAACAACUGGAAAGAGAGAACCACAUCCUGAGAACACUCACACACAACACACACGCCACCUAACACACACCACAGAACUCAUGCCAACACACCUGGACCUAAUACACCCUCCUCACCUGAGAGCAUUGUCAUGGUAACAAGUUUGAUAGGAUGAUAAUCAGGUUAAUGAGGACCCUGGUAGCCAUGACAACUGAACUUUGUGAAUCAGCUGAGAUACAGUGCAUCCGGAAAGUAUUCACGCCGCUUCGUUUUUUGCACAUUUUGUUAUGGUCAUUACAGUCUCGUUCCAAAAUGGAUUAAAUUCAUUUUUUCCCUCAAAAUUCUACACAAAAUAAUAUAAUAAUAUAAAAUAAAUAAGUUCGCUAGAAUUGUUUAUUCUAAAAAUAUAUUUAUUUCAAAUUUAUUAAAAAUAAACAAUAUAACAUGUAUUUAAGUAUUCAUGUGAUCAAUACUUUGUUGAAGCCCCUUUGGCAGCAAAUACAGCCUCAAGUCGUUUUGAGUAUGAUCCUCUAACACACUUAUCCUCUGGCACACUUACUUUUGGGCCGUUUCUCCCACUCUUCAAUGCAGAACCUUUCAAGUUCCAUCAGGUUGGAUGGGGAGCGUUGGUGCAUGGCCAUUUUCAGAUCUCUCCAGAGAUGCUCACAAGGGUUCAAGUCUGGGUUCUGCCUGGGCCACUCAAGGAAUUCACAGAGAUGUCCUGAAGCCACUCCUUUGUGAUGUUGGCUGUAUGCAAUACUGUUUUAUUUAUAUAGCAUCUUUUAUCAAAUCAAAAUUGUCUCUAGAUGCGUUACAGAGACCCAGAGCC